AUGACAAAUAAAAAAGACAAUAUCGCAACAAGCUCCUCAGAUCCUAUUGAUUCACCACCACCUUACACACCUCUUCCCUCACAAUCUCGAGAAGUUGAACCCAAUGAAACUACGCGUCUUUACCCAAAUGUUCCAAAACAUUCUUAUUCCUCUGCCCCAACUCCAAUUUAUAACCCACCUCAACAACCUUCGGUUACAGCAUAUUAUCAACCCGAUACUGUUAUUUUAGGUCCAGCAGUUUCUAUUUUUGAUUUACGUAGCGAACCAGCUGUUACUUGUUGCCCACAUUGUAACCAAAUAGUUUUGAGCAAGACGGACUUUCGAUCUGGAACUUGCACUUGGUUAUCAUCCCUUGGUUUAUUUGCAAUUGGAGUGACAAUGUGGGGAUGUUGUUUGUUUCCCUUUUGUAUCAAUGAUUUGAAAGAUUGCAUUCAUUCGUGUCCUAAUUGUGGUCAUGGUAUAGCUAGAUACUCAAGAUUUGAAGGAAGAGCAUAUAA